UUUAUGAUUAUUUCGAAUUACAACCUGGUGAAACAAUAUUAUCAAUAUGUUCAGUAACAUUUAGUGAUAAGACUGAAUAUUUUGUGGCAGGAACUGAUCCGGGUAGAAUAUUAAUAUUUCAAGUAGAAAAGGAAGGAAUUAAUUAUAAAAUUAAAUUAGUUUAUCAAAAAGAAGUUUUAGGUUCCGUUUAUUCUGCAUUAGCUUUUGAUGAAAAGUUAUUGAUUGGAAUUGAUGGAAAGGUUUCAAUAUUUGACUUUAUAAGAUUAGAAGAUGGCAAACGUGAUUUAAUUCCAAUAUGUGAAUACAAUGGAUUCACGUUAGCCAUCCAAAUAGUGACAAGAGGUCAUUUCAUUUUGGUAGGAGAUAUAAUGAGAUCAAUAGUUUUAUUGGCGUAUAAAGAAACUGGUGGAGGUGGUGGUGGAAAAACUUUAGAAUUUGUUACUCAAGAUUUAAAUGAUCGAUGGAUCAAUGCUAUCGAAACAUUAAAUGAUGAUGAAUUCAUUUGUUGUGAAUCUCAAAAUAAUUCAAUUCUAACAUUUCGAAGAAAUGUUGAUACUUCGGAUGUUUUGUUAAAAGAGAAAUUGGAUAUGGUGGGAAUUUAUAAUUAUGGGGAUUCUAUUAAUCGAUUUAGACAUGGUUCAUUGGCAGCAAAUGUAUCAGAACCAAUAAUAAAUAUAGAAUCUCGAGUAUUAUUCGUUACAUCUUCUGGUGCAAUUGGAAUUAUAAUUCCUAUCAGUCAAAAACAAUUUGAUAAAUUAAAAAAAUUACAAGAUGCGUAUCAAAAGGUUGUGGGAUUUUAUGGUGGUUUGGAUAUUUAUUCUUGGCGAAGUGUAAUAGAUGAAGAAUGUGAAAAGGCGGAAUUACGAAAUUUUAUUGACGGUGACGUGAUAGAAUCAUUAUUAGAUAAUCCAACCAAAGUUAUUGGGGACAUAGGUGAUAGUUGUGAUUUAUCAGUUAAUGAGAUUAGAAAAUUGGUGGAAGAAUUAACUAGAAUGCAUUGA